GCAGAGAGACAAGUUAGAGAAAAGCCCAGCCCUGCUACCAUGAGCUCAGCCACCACUCCACCACCAGCGGUCGCCGUGCCGUAGCCCUAGCUUCACCGCCGACGCGCUCGAUCCCCCGCCUCCCGCCUCGUUCUAGGUCUGGAGACCACACCGCCGCCCCGAUUCACCCAGCCGCCGGCGCUCGGAUCUAGGACGCCGGGUCGUCUCCUCGUCCUCCUCCUCCCCCACGACGCUGCUCUCCUUGGCCUGCCCCAGCAGCUUCCGCCGGCCAGCCCCUGCAGACUCCGCCCCAGCAGGCCCAGCACCAAGCAGUCUCCGCCGGCCAGACCAGCCCCAUCAGUAUCUCCGCCAGCCCCUGCUUGAAGACCUGCUGCUACAGAUUGAUGUUGAAGAUCUCUAAAGCUCAAAAGAACCAGAUGAUACUUGCAUAAUGCGGCCUUCAGAUAUUUGGAAGGCGCAUGCAGGAUCAUCGCAGUCAGAGGGGCCAGCACUGGAUAUGGAGAGAAACGGAUGCAAUCAUAACUGUUGCCCACCUCCUCUCCAACCGAUUGCCUCAGCUGGCCAGCACUCCGAGAGCAGCGUUGCAUACUUUUCUUGGCCUACAUCUACUCUAAUGCACGGUUCUGCCGAAGGUCGUGCUAAUUACUUCGGGAACCUACAGAAGGGCGUAUUGCCAGGACAUCUUGGCCGCUUGCCAAAAGGGCAGCAAGCCACCACCUUACUUGAUUUGAUGAUUAUAAGAGCAUUCCAUAGCAAGAUCCUGCGUCGCUUUAGCCUUGGUACAGCAAUAGGUUUUCGGAUCAGGAAGGGGACGUUGACUGACACACCUGCCAUCCUUGUCUUUGUUGCUCGUAAGGUUAACAAGAAAUGGCUCAGGCCUACACAGUGUCUCCCAGCUGCCCUUGAGGGACCUGGGGGUGUGUGGUGUGAUGUUGAUGUUGUUGAAUUCUCUUAUUACGGUGCACCUGCACCGACUCCAAAGGAACAGUUGUAUGAUGAGCUUGUUGAUGGACUGCGUGGUAGUGAUCCAUCUAUAGGUUCUGGUUCACAGGUAGCUAGCCUUGAAACAUAUGGGACAUUGGGUGCCAUUGUGAAGAGUCGAACUGGCAGCAAGCAAGUAGGCUUCUUAACUAACAGGCAUGUUGCGGUUGACCUGGAUUAUCCUAAUCAGAAGAUGUUCCAUCCCUUGCCUCCAAAUCUUGGACCUGGAGUUUACUUAGGUGCUGUUGAGCGAGCAACAUCUUUUAUCACGGAUGAUGUUUGGUAUGGUAUCUAUGCGGGAACAAACCCAGAAACAUUUGUCCGAGCUGAUGGUGCAUUUAUACCAUUCGCUGACGACUUUGACAUCACUAAUGUCAGCACUUCAGUUAAAGGAGUCGGAAUCAUUGGUGAUAUCAAGGCGAUCGAUCUACAAUCGCCAAUUAGCAGUCUCAUUGGGAAGCAAGUUGUCAAAGUUGGGAGAAGCUCAGGUCUGACAACAGGGACCGUUAUGGCAUAUGCUCUUGAAUACAAUGAUGAGAAGGGCAUAUGCUUUUUUACUGACUUUCUCGUCGUUGGGGAGAAUCAACAAACAUUUGAUCUUGAAGGCGAUAGCGGAAGCCUUAUAAUCUUAACAGGACAAGAUGGUGAGAAGCCACAGCCUAUAGGGAUUAUAUGGGGUGGUACAGCUAAUCGUGGAAGGUUGAAGCUAAAAAGUGGUCAGGGUCCAGAGAACUGGACAAGUGGAGUUGAUCUGGGCCGCCUUCUUGAUCUCCUGGAGCUUGAUCUAAUCACGACAAGUGAAGGAUUACAAGAGGCCCUAGAAGAACAGAGAAUCUCUCUAGCAGCUGCCGCCGCCGCGGCUAAUUCUACUGCCACAGAAUCGUCACCUGUGGCCACCCCCCAAGAAAAUGAGAAAGUUGACAAGAUCUAUGAGCCUCUUGGAAUCAACAUCCAACAACUUCCCCGAGAUGGUUCCGCUAACCUGACGGACCAACCCUUUGGGAGCGACGAGUUCCAUGUGGACACAGUGGAAGGGAUGAACAAUGUCGAAGAGCGUCAAUUCAUCCCAAACCUCAUUGGUAUGUCACCGAUGCGCGACAACGCUCGAGAAGGCAACGGUGGUUUGGACAACCUGUCAGAGCUGGAGAAUUCGCCCGAAGACAUUUGUUUUUCUCUGCAUCUGGGCGAGCGGGAACCUAAAAGGCUUCGCUCCGAUUCGACGCUGGACAUAGACUUGCAGAAGUGAGCGAUGGGGGAGAGGGGUGGUGGUGGUUCGUUCCAUCAUUCAGCUUUUGUAAUUUGUAUGCAUUAUUGGAGGGUAAUUCAGAUUUGCGCCCACAGUGGAACAAUAAAACUGUACCUGUGGAACAGCAAACUGCAUGAUUUCUCGCAUCGAACCAGUUUUCUUGGAUAAUUGGAGCCAUGGUUGUGUCGUGCCCCACCAGAGAUUGUGGACUAUUCAUCCUGUCAAUCCUAUGAAAAGAGAGUACGUAGGUGAGUUCUCCAAAUCUGACUGUAAACUUGACCAUUGCAUUGGAUUCCUAUUUGGUGAUUGUGAUUACGUAACUAUCAAUAAUAAACAUCGUACAGUGAA